CGACCGCGACAUACGGUCGGUCAUGUCGUCAAGGAAGCGGGAACGGAGUACGUCCAUGGAUGGUGAUGACGACGCGUCACCACCAAAGAGAAGCAGGCACUUGCGCAGCGAGCUUCAGCUCGAGUCGGACGACGCGCCGGUCGGGUCGAUGUCGUCGCGGGCAAGCACAGCGCACGGGGUUGUGGGCAUGGGCUCGCACCAGCGGCGGGUGGUGGAGAGUGACAAGGACGAAGGCGAGUCGAGCGACGAUGCGGGCGAAACACAGAUGCGGGCUACCCAGUCGACGAUGAUGACGCAGUUUUCGCAGAUGACGCCGGCCAGGGAGGCGGCCGCCAUGGAGAACGUCGACGAGCUGACGCUCAACGAGGACGUGGCCAAGGCGGUCCAAUGGAUGCUCAACUUACCCAACUCAUCGAUCACCAAGACCAACAUGAAGAAGCGCAUCUUUGCCGAGAACCGCAGGCUCAACAAGGGCUACACCUCCGUGGUCUUCAACAUGGCCGCCGCCAAGGUCAACCACUUGUUCGGGUUCAAGGUCCAGACCUGCGACGAGCGCAGUAAUAAGCGGUACUUUCUGGUCAACAGUUUCCCGCCUGCAGUCACACACGGCAUCGUGCGUGACUACGUCCUCCGUGGCAAGAUCGGCGGCUACCUUGCGCUCGCCGCCAUGUUCAUCCAUCUCUCGCCGCGCGACACCAUGCACGAGAACGAGCUGCAGAAGAACUUUGCCCUCAUGGGCAGGAGAGACUGGAAAUCCAUCUGCGAAACCAUGAUUGCUCCACUCGUCGCCCAGCACUACCUGGCCAAGUCUAAGGACGGCGAGAGCCUGUUGUACGCUAUCGGCCCGCGUCUCCGUCUCUUGCUCGGCGACGAUGACGAGGAGUGCGCCGCCUCGCUCAAGUCCUUCCUUGCCGUUGUUGAGGGCCGCACCGACGACGAGUCCGGCGACGGCGACGGCGACAGCGAUGGCGACGGCAACGGCGGCGCCAGUGCUUCCUCGCCGGCCGUCGACACACCAUCGCGCCGCCCAACACGCACAACACGUCCACAUGUGUAA